ACCAGGAAAAAGCUAAAUAUGUGCAAGUCUUACGUCUUAAUACCAGUGAAUUGCAUCAAGAAAAAUCAUCCUUUGCGAAAUCUUAAUGAAUUGUCAUGAAUUCAAAUCUAGUAAAAUAAAUAAAAGACAAUUCCUUGUGUGCGUUUCUUCACGUAAGCAUUGAACAAAUGACAUUUAUCAAGUCGGUUUACUCUUUAUAGGAAAAAUAAAUCAACAAAGGACUUAAUCAAGUUUAACUUUGUAAACUGCACAUGCAACGUUAGCUGGAGUUUUCAUCAGUUGCACUUGCGACAACACUCAACAGCGAGUAUUUUCAGAUCUUGUCUCGAAACUAUGUUGUGCGGCAUCUGAUAUUGUGACAAUUUGUGGUACAAAAUGGAGGAAGAAUUUGACUGGAAAAUGUACUUUCCGGUGGUUUUGAAUGCACUGAUGUCCGUGGUGGGGUUUGUGGUGACAUUGCGGCUGUUACCCAUGUCCUUUGAUCUGUUUUUGAAGGCGGGACUCAGUGGGAGAGACAUGAGCAAGAAGGCGCCCCCUGGCGGCAAACCUGUGCAAGUUCCCGAGUCCCUUGGGGUGAUAGCUGGAGCCAUGUUUCUCAUCAUCAUGUUCCUGUUCAUACCCGUGCCGUUUUGGACGUCGUGGUGGAGGGCUGAAAACUACGAGGACUUUCCGCAUCACCGAUUUGUUGAGUUCAUCGCCGCGCUGCUCUCCAUCUGCUGCAUGAUUUUCCUGGGUUUCGCUGACGACGUGCUGAACCUGCGGUGGCGCCACAAGCUGCAGCUGCCCACUAUGGCCACCCUGCCGCUACUCAUGGUCUACUUUGUCAACAUCGGCUCCACCACCAUCAUAGUGCCCAAGCCUCUAGACCAGCUCGUGGGCCACAGCGUGAAUCUUGGGGUGUUGUACUACGUAUACAUGGGCAUGCUGGCUGUCUUCUGCACCAACGCCAUCAACAUUCUGGCUGGGAUUAACGGCAUUGAAGCCGGCCAAUCCCUGGUGAUCGGGAUCAGCAUAAUCAUCUUUAAUCUCAUUCAGCUGACCGGAGAUUUGCCGGAAAUCAAUUUGUUUUCUCUGUACUUCAUGAUUCCCUACUGUGCGGUCUGCGCGGCAAUCCUGUACCACAAUUGGUACCCCUCUGCCUUGUUUGUUGGCGACACGUUCUGUUAUUUCUCCGGGAUGACUUUCGCUGUGGUGGGCAUCCUCGGUCACUUCAGCAAGACCAUGCUGCUUUUCUUCAUCCCGCAAGUCCUAAACUUCCUGUACUCCGUCCCCCAACUCUUCCAUUUUGUUCCCUGCCCGAGACAUCGGCUGCCCAGGUACAAUCCUCAAACUGACAAAUUGGAAAUGAGUUACACCAAAUUCAAGACCAAAGAUUUGAACAUACUGGGCAGGCUGGUCAUCCAGCUCUUUGGCAUGUUUCGGCUGAUCGACAUAAAACAAGGCGUCGGCGAGAACGGGGAGUACACGGAAUGCAACAAUUUCACUCUGAUCAACUUCUUGCUUCGGCUGAUCGGUCCGACGAGAGAACCCAGAUUGACUACGUACAUGUUAAUAAUUCAGGUCAUCGGAAGUUUUGUCGCUUUUGCCAUCCGCUACCAGCUGGCUAGGGUCUUCUAUGAUGUCGUAGAGUAAU